UUACAACUUACAACCAUAGAUUUCUCUCCAUACUCCAUCUCCAUCCUUGCAACAAUCGGCUACUCUCUUAUUGCACAACCCCAUCGUGCAGCUCUUCUACCGUAGUAGCCCUCCAUAGCUGCAAGCACGUGGUCGCACAUCACAGCCACGUUGUGAACCAGGUGUUAUUAUUCUCUUGAUUAAGAUGCAAGCUUCGAUGAAGCACGACUAUGACCAUGUUUAUUCCUUCCACAUCGUCGCAACCGCUAUCUUUUGAAUCUACGAGGAGCUCAGAUGAAUCUAUUGCGAGCAGGGGACGGAUCCAGAAUUUUGAGUUAAGGGAGCGCAACUUUUUUAGCAACGGUAUCAGGAUUCAUAUCUUCUUCUGUUCUUUGUUGAUCCAAUUUCGGCAAACUGUAACUCUGGUGCAAUCUGCUCACACAGCCUUAACAAAAAGCCACUCACGCAAGAAUUAAUGGAGCCCGGGCUAGCUGAUCACUCCUCUUCCCCCAUCUCCCAAGGACAACAUAAACCAGCCCACCAGCUUCAGCAGCUGUCUCUUCCCCCCAGCUUUCUUCCCUUGCAAGUCGUACCGAAUAGAGAAGAUUGAACAACUAUCCUAGCUGCAACUAUGUCUCAAUCCUCAAAAAAAGAAGAGGAGCAGGAACACAUACCUGAACCUCCUUGUAAACACAAGUAUGCAGUGGUACAUGAGAGAGGCGACGAGCCUGAUAAGAUUGGAAUCAAAGCGACAUUCAACAUAUGGAACCCUAAGGUGGAACGAGAUGAUCUCAGCAUCUCACAGAUGUGGAUAAAAAACGACCUUGCAGAGCCGGUUGAGACUCUCGAGGCUGGCUGGUUGGUGGACCCAAAAGCGCACCCGGACACAAGGUUCUUUAUCUUCUUCACCAACAACAAUUAUGUGGGGAAGCUUGGUUAUGAUGAUUGUAUACCAGAUACUUUUGAAAAGAAUAUAACAGGACGCAAACUUGGCAGCAGCUAUUUGUUGGUCCCAGUCUCCCAACCGGAUGGUCCACAGUAUGAGAGGACUAUGGAGAUCAAACUGAACAAGGUACUAGGGAGAUGGUAUAUCUACUUAGACAAGGAAGAAAUUGGAUACUGGCCAACUAGUCUUUUCAAAAGACUGUCCGUAGGAGCAAAUGAUGUACAGUGGGGAGGAGAGAUUGUGGAGGCUGCCACCUCAAAUCAACCUACCACAACACAAAUGGGCAGCGGGUACUUCUCGGCAAGUGACGGAUUCAAAAAGGUAGCGUAUAUUAGAAAUAUAUGCUACCUGGAUGCCCAAGGGAAUACAAGAAUUCCGAGAAAUCCUAGGUACAUUGUUACCGAUUCAGAAUUGUAUGACAUCACGAAGCUUUCUUGUUCAGGAGACGAUGCUUUCGUGUUUUAUGGAGGUCCUAAAAAGGGGCCUAAGAGUGUCUAAUUAGGGUUUCCUAACUGACUGUCUAAUUAUAGAAGGAGAGAAAGGAGUUUCCUAACUGACUGUCAUGACUCUUCCUUUUACACGCCUCAUUAUCUAUUUUCACGUCAAUGCUAUUUUGUUGCCCAUUUAUUUAAUUUGUUCUGGGCAGGGGUAUAUUUGUUGGGUUGGGAUGAAAUCACUAGUACCUGGAUUCCUACUAUUGGGUGUUGCUUUGAGUUCUACAAACUCCUUCAUGGUACUUUACCAAAAAAAACUCGUUCUUUUCUUGAACACUUUAAUCCUUGCACAAUAAUGAAUGAUAUUUAGAAAUACUAGAAUGUAGAAAUUAGAAUUUCGUACUACCUUUGUAUUAGGAAUGUUUUUAUUUGUAUUGUAAUUUUUUGAUUUGAUCUGGUCUAAACUCAUCUAAUUUGAUAGAUGUUGGUUUGUGUUUUUUUUAAAAUUGUUUAAGUCUUGAAAGGUAGAAUGGGAGAGGUAAUAGCUAUCUUUGGGUUCAAGAGGGGGCUGAAAGAAGAAGACGUCUCUUCAUUUGUGCUGCUUCUUGAACAAAACAUGGUUGAGAAAGGGGGUGUGAGUGUGUGACUCAUUGUCAUUGACAUUAGCAGGCCUGCUUGUUGUACAUACUUUUUUGAAGACAUUUUCGUCCGUGAAAAGGCAAUUCACAGUAAAAAAAAAUAGCAUGUUCACACUAUAAAAGUGUUCUUAAAUUUGUAUUAUUAGUUUAAAUAUUUAACAUGGUAUUACUGUGUGUAGAUCAGAACUUGUGUUUUUUUGGAAAGAGUAACAUAGAUUUGUAUUACAGACUCAUAGUAUACCUAUCGGUUGGAGAGCAAAUUUGUUCACUCUCAAAAGAGGGGAUGUUCCCACCACCCCUAGGACAUUGCCAUGUGCCCCAUAGUAUACCUAUCGGUUGGAGAGCAAAUUUGUUCACUCUCAAAAGAGGGGAUGUUCCCACCACCCCUAGGACAUUGCCAUAUGCCCCAUAUGCCUAGUAAUGCCUUUUAACUUUGCAAUUUAUAUAUUUUUU